AUGGUCAACUCUUCCACCCUCGGCGACGUCUACUUCUUGUCCCACGGCGGCCCACCCUCGGUGGAGCAGACCGAAUCACCGCCCUACAAGGCAUGGCGCAAGUUUGGCAAGAUCAUCGAAGCCAACCCGCCCAAGGGCAUCGUCGCGGUCUCUGCCCAUUGGGAGAAUGAGCAAGAUCUCAGAACAGGUGUCGUUGUCAACAGCAACAGCUCGAAUCCCCUCAUCUACGACUUUUAUAAUUUCCCUAAACACUUCUACCAGCUCAAAUUUGCUUCCAAGGCCGAGCCGGAGCUACAAGAGAAGGUCGUAGGUGCUCUCAAGGAAGGUGGGAUCCCUGUGAGCAGAGCGGAUAGGGGCUUGGACCAUGGUGUUUGGAUCCCAUUCAGAGGAGCCUUCGGCGAAGGGACUCACUUCCCUCUCGUGCAAGUAUCUCUCCCUGCCUCCGCCGACCCUGUGGAAUCCAUCAAACUUGGUCAGGCUUUGAGCAAGCUGCGAGCUCAGGGGUACGCCAUCGUGGGAACCGGGCAGGUUGUCCACAACCUGCGUGAUCUUAUCAGCGGGCAAAGCCUUCCCUACACUACACUCUUCUUGAAUGACGCCGCCAAGGCACUCUCCAGCUCCGACCGUCUCUCCGCGACUCUCGACCUCACCAAGCACCCACUUUACAAGAAGGCGCAUCCCACAGACGAGCACUUCUUCCCUUUGCUGGUUGCUGUCGGUGCUACAAGCGCCAGUGACCAGAUUGAAGAGAUCUACAAGGGUGUGGUGGACAUUAAUGGGCGCACUGUAGAGAAUGAUGGUCUGGGCUGGGGCAUGUGGCGCUGGACAUCGGCGGCUUAG